CUCUGAGCGCGGGCGGCGGGACGGGGCGGCCACAGCUCCGCCCGCUCCCCCCGCCAUGAGCAGCGGCGCGGGCCCCGCCGCCCGGCUGUGCCGCCUGGAGCGCGGCCCGGACGGCUACGGCUUCCACCUGCACGGGGAGAAGGGCAAGCCGGGCCAGUUCAUCCGGCUCGUGGAAGCGGGCUCGCCGGCCGAGCGCUCGGGGCUGCGGGCCGGGGACCGGCUGCUGGAGGUGGAUGGCGAGAACGUGGAGCGGGAGAGCCAUCAGCAGGUGGUGGAGCGGAUCCGCGCCGCCGCUGGCACCGUCAGCCUCCUCGUCGUGGACUCGACGGCCGACGAGCAGCUGUCGAAGCGGGCCGGGGCGGUUGCCGAGCCCCCGGUGGUCGGCGGGCAGGCCGCCCCCGUGCCGGUGCCGGUGCCGGUGCCGGCGGAGCCCGCGGCGCGGGAGCCCAACGGCGGCGACCAGCGGGAAGAGCUGCGACCUCGGCUGUGCCACAUGAAGAAGGGCCCCGAUGGCUAUGGCUUCAACCUGCACAGUGACAAGAGCCGCCCGGGGCAGUACGUGCGCGCCGUCGACCCCAACUCGCCGGCCGAGGCAGCAGGGCUGGCCCCCCAGGACCGCAUCAUCGAGGUGAAUGGUGUGUGCAUGGAGGGCAAGCAGCACAGUGACGUGGUGGCAGCCAUCAAGGCAGGCGGUGAUGAGACCAGGCUGCUGGUGGUGGAUGUCCUCACGGAUGAGUUCUUCAAGAAGUGCAAGGUGGUGCCCUCGGAGCAACACCUGACAGGUCCCUUGCCAGAACCAGUUGCCAAUGGCGAUAUAGAGAAGGAAAACAGCGGAGAGCCACAGUCCAACUCGGUGUCCGAGAGCCCGUCCAGCCCCGCGCCUCUGGCCGUGUCCCCCAACUCCAGUGAGACCCACAGCGAGCCCCACAUGCAGGAAGGUGACAAGCGCCACUCGGCCUCCGGCUCCCUCCUGGACCUCGACAUCCCGCUGGCCGUGGCCAAGGAGCGGGCGCACCAGAAGCGCACCAGCAAGAGGGCACCCCAGAUGGACUGGAGCAAGAAAAACGAACUGUUCAGCAACCUGUGAAGGUCCCUGGGGCGGGGUGAGGGUCUGCUGGCCCCCCCCAGCCCUGCACCCACCUCUCCUGCACCCCCCUCCUCCCUGCCACGGGCUCCUGGCGGGGAUGUGGGGCUGCUCCCCACCACCCUGACCUGAGUGCUGGGGCUCGGUGGCCAGUGAGCAUCCCUGCAGAGGGAUAUCUGGGCUAGAGAGAGAUGGGGGUGCUGGGCAUGUCCCCUUUCAAGAGCCCAUCCCCAGCGUGCUCCUCCAGCCCUGCCUUGAAGCCCUGCACAUCCUGGUAGGCACAAGCAGGGAUAUUGGGAAGGAUCAAGGACUUGGGGUGGCCUGAUGCCCAGUUCUGAUCCCUGCUGUUCCCUGGUUCUUCCCCCACCCCCAAACCUUAUCUCCAUUUGAGCCACUCCCCAAAUUUCCCUUUAACUGAAAAACCCGAGGCUUUUAGUGACUCUUGCCAAACCCCACCUGCCCGGCCACUGACCACAGCGGGGGUGUUUGACCCCUGCCUGGCAAGCUCCGUCCACGAUGACCUUGUCCCUUUGCCUCUUCUGCUGCAAGGAGGGACACGGGUGCCCAGCAGUGAGGAGACCCCAGCACCCACCCUGCCCCUGGGGCAAUUUUGGGAGAGGAGAGGGUGUCCGGAGCCAGCACAGCAAGCAAUAAUAGUCUCCUUUACUCCUGCACACUCCUGGAGACAGAGCCGAUCAGGGUUUGAAUCCAACACUGUGUAAUUUAAAGGCUUCUCAUAGACUUCUUUUUUUUUUUUUUUUCCAAUCGCACCAUUCCUUUUUUUUUUUAACUGUAUUUUGUGGAAAUUCUUCCUGUGGAUGUUUUGUUUCUAUGUGCUGCAAUCAGGUGUUGUCGUACUGUUGAGCUCAAGAGAAAUUCUGUUUACUGGAAUAAACCUUCCUGACUUCA